CAUCAUGGACAGACUCAGGUUUCUGGUUCUGCUCUUGUGGAUAAGUGGCUGUACAGCGGGACAGGGACAGCACGGGCAGCAAAAGAAAAAGAGAGAGGAUGUGUUGCUGUCCUGCGACUUUAAUCAGGAAAGCAACCCGUUCUGCCAGUUCACUCAGGACACAGGAGACGACAGUGACUGGACCCGACAUCAAGGUUCAACUCCAACAGAUGGAACUGGCCCCCCUGGAGACUACCCUGAUGGAAAGGGUUUCUACAUUUACCACGAGGCUGACAAUGUGGCUAACGGAAAGAAGGCUCGCCUGCUGAGCCCUGCCAUCGUCUCGCCAGGCUCUCAGAUCUGUGUCCAGUUCCGGUACUACAUGUACGGCGUUGACAGUACCAACAAGUUGAGGGUUCUGUCAAAAACACCCAGCAGUGAACAGGAGGUCUGGAUAAGAACCGGCAUCCAGAGUCCAUCCUGGCUUCUGGGUUCUGUCACCAUAUCCAAGACCAGCGGUCAGAGAAUUGUUUUUGAGUCUCAGAGAGGCCUCUCAGCCUCCUGUGACUCGGCUCUGGACAACAUCGUAAUCUCUGAGGGAGCUUGUCCAUCUUGCGUUUCCGGUUGUGAUUUCGACACCAUGGAUGACUUGUGUGGGUGGACGAUCCACAAUGACUCUCCUGACAGUUUUGGUUUUGGUCAGUGGACUGGAUCCACGGACACUGAAGGCACCGGACCUGAUGAUGACUUCACCAAACCUGGAUUCGGAAUGUACAUGCUGAUGGAUUCGCUUGAUACCAUACCUGGAGUCAGUUCUCAAAUCAGAAGUCCUUCAGUAAUCCCUCCCUCUGGAUGUUUGGAGCUCAGCUUCUACUACUACCUGUUUGGCACCAGCACUACCAUGCAGAUCAGCGUCCAUACCAUCACCUCAGGAAUUGUUGGACCCACUCUCUUCACUGUCACCGGGAACCAGGGUCAAGGCUGGAAACUCGCAGAGGUUCGCUAUUUGGGAAAUGCACCUGCUCAGUUUGUGAUUGUGGGAAAGUAUGGAGAAACCCUUGAGACAGAUGUUGCUGUUGAUGGAGUUUGUAUCAUGAACUGCAAAGCUCAACCAACAACUCCUCAACCACCAGUUACAACACCCAAACCACCAACCCAUGGACCAACCACACCAAAACCAACUACACCCAAACCACCAACCCAUGGACCAACCACACCCAAACCAACUACACCCAAACCACCAACCCAUGGACCAACCACACCAAAACCAACUACACCCAAACCACCAACCCAUGGACCAACUACACCAAAACCAACUACUCCCAAACCACCAACCCAUGGACCAACCACACCAAAACCAACUACUCCCAAACCACCAACCCAUGGACCAACCACACCAAAGCCAACAACGCCCAGACCAACUACAACAAAGCCUCCCAAACCCUGUCCUCCAAAUGCAGAUUAUAUAGACUGUGGUCCAGCUUGUAUUCCUACCUGCAAAGACCCUUCCACCAACUGUACCGGCUCCUGUAUCAGUGGCUGCUUCUGCAAACCAGGGUUUCUCUUCAAAGGACGGCGCUGUGUACCGGUGGACCAGUGUGGCUGUCUGGAUGACCACAAUAACUAUUAUGAGCCUGGUGAGAUCGUAUUUGGAGAUGGCUGCUCAAAGCUGUGUCGCUGUGCAGGAAACUUCACCCUGCAAUGUGUUGAUAACUCUUGUGAUCCCACUGAAGAGUGCCGAGAAGUUAGUGGUGUCUCAGGGUGUUAUCCUAAAGGUACAUCCACAUGCAUAGCGUCUGGCGAUCCUCACUACACCAGCUUCGACAAACGCAAAUAUAACUUCAUGGGAAACUGCAGCUAUCUGAUGUCCAAACUCUGCAAUGACACAUCUCUGCCGUACUUCGAGGUCCAUGCCGACAACGAAAAUCGCUUCAACAGGCCCACCAUCUCCUACCUGAAGGCCGUGCAUGUGUUUGUCCACAUGGUGAAGAUCUCCAUUCUGAAAGGAGGCACUGUGCAAGUGAACGGGACCAACGUGAACAUCCCGGUGAGUCCGGCUGCUGGCGUUUCUGUGUUCAAGUCAGGAAAACAUUACACCGUGUCCAUGAACUUUGGCGUGACUGUUCGCUACGAUGGAAACCACUUCAUGGACAUCAAAGUGAUCAAAGACUACCAGAACAAGCUGUGUGGACUGUGUGGAGACUAUGACGGAAAUGCUAAGGAUGACUUCCGUAAGCCAGAUGGAACCUUGACGACCAGCCCCAAUGAGUUUGGACACAGCUGGAACACAGAUCCAGAGUGCAAUAAGAAACCAAACACCACCAUUCCUGGAUGUGAUGAAGAAGAGCAGGAAGUGUACGAGAGCGCAGGACACUGUGGCAUGCUGCUGGACAAAAAAGGCCCCUUCGCCGUUUGCCAUCCCAAAGUCAACCCUAAUAAUUACUUCCGAGACUGUGUCUUUGACCUGUGUGAGCUGGACGGAGCCAGGCCCAUUCUGUGUGAAGCCAUUGAAGCCUACGUCAAUGAAUGCCAGGACCGUGGAGUCAACAUCGGAACCUGGAGGAACGAAACAUUUUGCCCACUGAAAUGCCCCUCCAACAGCCACUAUGAGCCCUGUGCAGACCCCUGCCAGGAGACGUGUUCUGGAAAACCGCCGUCCUGCGGUGGGCCCUGCUCCGAGUCUUGUGUCUGCGACCCCGGCUAUGUCCUCAGCGCCGGCAAAUGUGUCAAGAAGAACUCCUGUGGCUGCAAACACACCAACGGCCAGUAUUAUAAGCCUGGGGAGGAAUUUUAUGUGGAGGACUGUCAGCUGAAGUGCACGUGUGAUGCCCCCUUCGUCACCUGUCGGCCCCACGACUGCCCGCCCUUGCACCACUGUAAACUCCAGGACGGAGAACUGGGCUGCUAUCCCACCGGUUCUCAAGACUGCGUGGUCUCUGGAGAUCCUCACUACAACACCUUUGACAAGAAGUUCUUCACCUUCAUGGGAACGUGCACCUACACACUUGCCAGAACAUGCAGGAACAACUCAGGGCCCUGGUUCUCCGUGGAGGGGAAGAACGAGGAGAGGGGCGUGUCCGGCGUGUCCUACCUGAAGAAACUCUACGUCACCGUGGAUCACGUCACCGUGACCCUGAUGAAGUCCAGGAGAACUCUGGUGAAUGGCGUGCGUGUGGCCCUCCCCCACUCCCCGUCCCCCCUGGUGACCCUCACCCUCGCCGGUCAGUACGUCACCCUGCAGACGACCUUCGGCCUGCGGGUCCGCUGGGAUGGAAACCAUUACGCCCAGAUCUCAGUCCCCAGCUCCUACUAUGACCAGAUGUGCGGUCUCUGCGGCGACUACGACGGAAACCCCAACAACGACUUCGCGAAGCCAGACGGCUCCCUCGCGGGAAACGGCAACGACUUUGGCAACAGCUGGCAGACGGACGAGGAUGAAGAUGACUCGUGUACCCCAGGUACAAACCCGGACACAGACUGUGACCCCUCCCUGGAGGCCGAGGUGGUGAAACCACACAAGUGUGGAAAGAUCAAGGACCCUGCAGGACCCUUCAGGGAAUGCAUCUCCGUGGUGGAUCCCACACCAUUCUUCCAGAGCUGCGUGUUCGACAUGUGCCGGUUCAGCGGGCAGCAGUCGGUGCUGUGUGACCAGCUGCAGGCCUACACCGAUGCCUGCCACAGCGCUGGAGCCAAGGUCCACCAGUGGAGGACUCCAGACUUCUGCCCUCUGGCCUGUCCGCCCAACAGCUCCUACUCGCUGUGCGUGAGCGCCUGUCCCGAGACGUGCCUGGGCGUGGUCGGCCCGCCGGGCUGCGAGAACGUGUGCGUGGAGGGUUGUGCGUGUGACCCAGGAUUCAUCCUCAGUGACGACAAAUGUGUGGCCCUGAAGGACUGCGGCUGUGUGGACACCAGUGGGAGCUACCACCCUAUGGGCGACGACUGGUACCUGGCGGGCUGUGGACAGAAGUGCGAGUGUCUCGGUGGAGGUGUGAUCCGCUGUCACAACACCAGCUGCAACCCCACCACGGAGAGCUGCCAGCUGCAGGAUGGGCAGUACGAGUGCGUCAGCCUGGUCAAACCAACCUCUCCAAAACCACCAACCCAUGGACCAACCACACCAAAACCAACCACACCAAAACCAACCACACCAAAACCAACUACACCAAGACCAACAACGCCAAGACCAACAACGCCAAGACCAACUACAACAAAGGCUCCCAAACCCUGUCCUCCAAAUGCAGAUUAUAUAGACUGUGGUCCAGCUUGUAUUCCUACCUGCAAAGACCCUUCCACCAACUGUACUGGCUCCUGUAUCAGUGGCUGCUUCUGCAAACCAGGGUUUCUCUUCAAAGGACGGCGCUGUGUACCGGUGGACCAGUGUGGCUGUCUGGAUGACCACAAUAACUAUUAUGAGCCUGGUGAGAUCGUAUUUGGAGAUGGCUGCUCAAAGCUGUGUCGCUGUGCAGGAAACUUCACCCUGCAAUGUGUUGAUAACUCUUGUGAUCCCACUGAAGAGUGCCGAGAAGUUAGUGGUGUCUCAGGGUGUUAUCCUAAAGGUACAUCCACAUGCAUAGCGUCUGGUGAUCCUCACUACACCAGCUUCGACAAACGCAAAUAUAACUUCAUGGGAAACUGCAGCUAUCUGAUGUCCAAACUCUGCAAUGACACAUCUCUGCCGUACUUCGAGGUCCAUGCCGACAACGAAAAUCGCUUCAACAGGCCCACCAUCUCCUACCUGAAGGCUGUGCAUGUGUUUGUCCACAUGGUGAAGAUCUCCAUUCUGAAAGGAGGCACUGUGCAAGUGAACGGGACCAAUGUCAACAUCCCGGUGAGUCCGGCUGCUGGUGUUUCUGUGUUCAAAUCAGGAAAACAUUACACCGUGUCCAUGAACUUUGGCGUGACCGUUCGCUACGAUGGAAACCACUUCAUGGACAUCAAAGUGAUCAAAGACUACCAGAACAAGCUGUGUGGACUGUGUGGAGACUAUGAUGGAAAUGCUAAGGAUGACUUCCGCAAGCCAGAUGGAGCCUUGACGACCAGCCCCAAUGAGUUCGGACACAGCUGGAACACAGAUCCAGAGUGUAAUAAGAAACCAAACACCACCAUUCCUGGAUGUGAUGAAGAAGAGCAGGAAGUGUACGAGAACGCAGGACACUGUGGCAUGCUGCUGGACAAAAAAGGCCCCUUCGCCGUUUGCCAUCCCAAAGUCAACCCUAAUAAUUACUUCCGAGACUGUGUCUUUGACCUGUGUGAGCUGGACGGAGCCAGGCCCAUUCUGUGUGAAGCCAUUGAAGCCUACGUCAAUGAAUGCCAGGACCGUGGAGUCAACAUCGGAACCUGGAGGAACGAAACAUUUUGCCCACUGAAAUGCCCCUCCAACAGCCACUAUGAGCCCUGUGCAGACCCCUGCCAGGAGACGUGUUCUGGAAAACCCCCGUCCUGCGGUGGGCCCUGCUCCGAGUCUUGUGUCUGCGACCCCGGCUAUGUCCUCAGCGCCGGCAAAUGUGUCAAGAAGAACUCCUGUGGCUGCAAACACACCAACGGCCAGUAUUAUAAGCCUGGGGAGGAAUUUUAUGUGGAGGACUGUAAGCUGAAGUGCACGUGUGAUGCCCCCUUCGUCACCUGUCGGGCCCACGACUGCCCGCCCUUGCACCACUGUAAACUCCAGGACGGAGAGUUGGGCUGCUAUCCCACCGGUUCUCAAGACUGCGUGGUCUCUGGAGAUCCUCACUACAACACCUUUGACAAGAAGUUCUUCACCUUCAUGGGAACGUGCACCUACACACUUGCCAGAACAUGCAGGAACAACUCAGGGCCCUGGUUCUCCGUGGAGGGGAAGAACGAGGAGAGGGGCGUGUCUGGCGUGUCCUACCUGAAGAAACUCUACGUCACCGUGGAUCACGUCACCGUGACCCUGAUGAAGUCCAGGAGAACUCUGGUGAAUGGCGUGCGUGUGGCCCUCCCCCACUCCCCGUCCCCCCUGGUGACCCUCACCCUCGCCGGUCAGUACGUCACCCUGCAGACGACCUUCGGCCUGCGGGUCCGCUGGGAUGGAAACCAUUACGCCCAGAUCUCAGUCCCCAGCUCCUACUAUGACCAGAUGUGCGGUCUCUGCGGCGACUACGACGGAAACCCCAACAAUGACUUUGCAAAGCCAGAUGGCUCCCUGGCGGGAAACGGCAACGACUUUGGCAACAGCUGGCAGACGGACGAGGAUGAAGAUGACUCGUGUACCCCAGGUACAAACCCGGACACAGACUGUGACCCCUCCCUGGAGGCCGAGGUGGUGAAACCACACAAGUGUGGAAAGAUCAAGGACCCUGCAGGACCCUUCAGGGAAUGCAUCUCCGUGGUGGAUCCCACACCCUUCUUCCAGAGCUGCGUGUUCGACAUGUGCCGGUUCAGCGGGCAACAGUCGGUGCUGUGUGACCAGCUGCAGGCCUACACCGAUGCCUGCCACAGCGCCGGAGCCAAGGUCCACCAGUGGAGGACUCCGGACUUCUGCCCUCUGGCCUGUCCGCCCAACAGCUCCUACUCGCUGUGCGUGAGCGCCUGUCCCGAGACGUGCCUGGGCGUGGUCGGCCCGCCGGGCUGCGGGGACGUCUGCGUGGAGGGUUGUGCGUGUGACCCAGGAUUCAUCCUCAGUGACGACAAAUGUGUGGCCCUGAAGGACUGCGGCUGCGUGGACACCAGUGGGAGCUACCACCCUAUGGGCGACGACUGGUACCUGGCGGGCUGUGGACAGAAGUGCGAGUGUCUCGGUGGAGGUGUGAUCCGCUGUCACAACACCAGCUGCAACCCCACCACGGAGAGCUGCCAGCUGCAGGAUGGGCAGUACGAGUGCGUCAGCCUGGUCAAACCAACCUCUCCAAAACCACCAACCCAUGGACCAACCACACCAAAACCAACCACACCAAAACCAACUACACCAAGACCAACAACGCCAAGACCAACAACGCCAAGACCAACUACAACAAAGGCUCCCAAACCCUGUCCUCCAAAUGCAGAUUAUAUAGACUGUGGUCCAGCUUGUAUUCCUACCUGCAAAGACCCUUCCACCAACUGUACCGGCUCCUGUAUCAGUGGCUGCUUCUGCAAACCAGGGUUUCUCUUCAAAGGACGGCGCUGUGUACCGGUGGACCAGUGUGGCUGUCUGGAUGACCACAAUAACUAUUAUGAGCCUGGUGAGAUCGUAUUUGGAGAUGGCUGCUCAAAGCUGUGUCGCUGUGCAGGAAACUUCACUCUGCAAUGUGUUGAUAACUCUUGUGAUCCCACUGAAGAGUGCCGAGAAGUUAGUGGUGUCUCAGGGUGUUAUCCUAAAGGUACAUCCACAUGCAUAGCGUCUGGCGAUCCUCACUACACCAGCUUCGACAAACGCAAAUAUAACUUCAUGGGCAACUGCAGCUAUCUGAUGUCCAAACUCUGCAAUGACACAUCUCUGCCGUACUUCGAGGUCCAUGCCGACAACGAAAAUCGCUUCAACAGGCCCACCAUCUCCUACGUGAAGGCCGUGCAUGUGUUUGUCCACAUGGUGAAGAUCUCCAUUCUGAAAGGAGGCACUGUGCAAGUGAACGGGACCAACGUCAACAUCCCGGUGAGUCCGGCUGCUGGCGUUUCUGUGUUCAAGUCAGGAAAACAUUACACUGUGUCCAUGAACUUUGGCGUGACUGUUCGCUACGAUGGAAACCACUUCAUGGACAUCAAAGUGAUCAAAGACUACCAGAACAAGCUGUGUGGACUGUGUGGAGACUAUGACGGAAAUGCUAAGGAUGACUUCCGUAAGCCAGACGGAACCUUGACGACCAGCCCCAAUGAGUUCGGACACAGUUGGAACACAGAUCCAGAGUGCAAUAAGAAACCAAACACCACCAUUCCUGGAUGUGAUGAAGAAGAGCAGGAAGUGUACGAGAGCGCAGGACACUGUGGCAUGCUGCUGGACAAAAAAGGCCCCUUCGCCAUUUGCCAUCCCAAAGUCAACCCUAAUAAUUACUUCCGAGACUGUGUCUUUGACCUGUGUGAGCUGGACGGAGCCAGGCCCAUUCUGUGUGAAGCCAUUGAAGCCUACGUCAAUGAAUGCCAGGACCGUGGAGUCAACAUCGGAACCUGGAGGAACGAAACAUUUUGCCCACUGAAAUGCCCCUCCAACAGCCACUAUGAGCCCUGUGCAGACCCCUGCCAGGAGACGUGUUCUGGAAAACCCCCGUCCUGCGGUGGGCCCUGCUCCGAGGCUUGUGUCUGCGACCCCGGCUAUGUCCUCAGCGCCGGCAAAUGUGUCAAGAAGAACUCCUGUGGCUGCAAACACACCAACGGCCAGUAUUAUAAGCCUGGGGAGGAAUUUUAUGUGGAGGACUGUAAGCUGAAGUGCAGGUGUGAUGCCCCCUUCGUCACCUGUCAGGCCCACGACUGCCCGCCCUUGCACCACUGUAAACUCCAGGACGGAGAGCUGGGCUGCUAUCCCACCGGUUCUCAAGACUGCGUGGUCUCUGGAGAUCCUCACUACAACACCUUUGACAAGAAGUUCUUCACCUUCAUGGGAACGUGCACCUACACACUUGCCAGAACAUGCAGGAACAACUCAGGGCCCUGGUUCUCCGUGGAGGGGAAGAACGAGGAGAGGGGCGUGUCCGGCGUGUCCUACCUGAAGAAACUCUACGUCACCGUGAAUGACAUCACCGUAACCCUGAUGAAGUCCAGGAGAACCCUGGUGAAUGGCGUGCGUGUGGCCCUCCCCCACUCCCCGUCCCCCCUGGUGACCCUCACCCUCGCCGGUCAGUACGUCACCCUGCGGACGACCUUCGGCCUGCGGGUCCGCUGGGAUGGAAACCAUUACGCCCAGAUCUCAGUCCCCAGCUCCUACUAUGACCAGAUGUGCGGUCUCUGCGGCGACUACGACGGAAAUCCCAACAACGACUUCGCGAAGCCAGACGGCUCCCUGGCGGGAAACGGCAACGACUUUGGCAACAGCUGGCAGACGGACGAGGAUGAAGAUGACUCGUGUACCCCAGGUACAAACCCGGACACAGACUGUGACCCCUCCCUGUUGGCCGAGGUGGUUAAACCACACAAGUGUGGAAAAAUCAAGGACCCUGCAGGACCCUUCAGGGACUGCAUCUCCGUGGUGGAUCCCACACCAUUCUUCCAGAGCUGCGUGUUCGACAUGUGCCGGUUCAGCGGGCAGCAGUCGGUGCUGUGUGACCAGCUGCAGGCCUACACCGAUGCCUGCCACAGCGCCGGAGCCAAGGUCCACCAGUGGAGGACUCCGGACUUCUGCCCUCUGGCCUGUCCGCCCAACAGCUCCUACUCGCUGUGCGUGAGCGCCUGUCCGGAGACGUGCCUGGGCGUGGUCGGCCCGCCGGGCUGCGAGGACGUGUGCGUGGAGGGUUGUGCGUGUGACCCAGGAUUCAUCCUCAGUGACGACAAAUGUGUGGCCCUGAAGGACUGCGGCUGCGUGGACACCAGUGGGAGCUACCACCCUGUGGGCGACGACUGGUACCUGGAGGGCUGUGGACAGAAGUGCGAGUGUCUCGGUGGAGGUGUGAUCCGCUGUCACAACACCAGCUGCAACCCCACCACGGAGAGCUGCCAGCUGCAGGAUGGGCAGUACGAGUGCGUCAGCCUGGGAACUGGUAUCUGCUCGGUGUCCGGGGACCCUCACUACAAUACCUUUGAUAAACGGACCCACAACUACAUGGGCUCCUGCUCCUACACCCUGACCGAACUCUGCAACUCGUCCUCCGGGCUGCCGGACUUCAGCGUGACCACCCAGAACGAGCACCGGGGGAGCAACAAGAAGGUCUCCUACGUCAGAGCCGUCAUGGUCUCUGUAAACGGCGUGACUGUUACCCUCGGCAAGGGCCGCAGCGUCCAGGUCAACGAAACGGCGAUGGUUCCACCCAUCAACCUUCCCGGAAUGAAGAUAUACCUGAGCGGAAAGUUUGUAGUUCUGGAGACCUCGUUCGGCCUGAGGGUGCGUUUUGAUGGAAACCACCAUGCAGACGUCACCCUGCCAAGCUCUUACAGCGGCCUGCUCUGUGGCUUGUGCGGUAACUUCAAUGGAAAGCCUGCAGAUGACAACCUGAAGCCAGACAACACCGCAGCGGCGAACACCAACGAGCUGGGAGACAGCUGGGCGGUCCCCGACCCGCGGCCCGACUGCACCAACGGUGGAGGACAGGAGGACUGCGAUCCAAAGGUAGAGGAGGAGGCCAAGAAGCCCACCAGCUGUGGAAUGAUCACUGAUCCCAGUGGGAUCUUCAAGCCGUGCCACGCUGUCGUGCCCCCGGAGAACUUCUUUGAAAACUGUGUGUACGACCUCUGCGCCACGGGAGGCCAGACCGUGGCUCUGUGCCAGGCCAUCGAGAGCUACGCCGACAUGUGUGCCGCAGCUGGAGUGCCCAUCGCCUGGAGGAACAACACCUUCUGCCCCCUGAAAUGCCCCCCAGGCAGCCACUACAACCCCUGUGGCCCUGCAUGCUCCCAGCCCAGCUGCCAGAACCCUGCGGGCUCCGGAAGCUCCUGCGGCCAGCCCUGUGUGGAGGGUUGUGUGUGCGACUCCGGCCUGGUCCUUAGUGGGGACAAAUGUGUCCCCCUCAGUGAAUGUGGAUGCACCGACCAUACAGGACAGUACAGACCGUCUGGAGACAGCUGGUUCACCAACUUCAACUGCUCAGAACGCUGCAAAUGCAACGGAAACAACAACGUCACCUGCGAGCCGUGGCAGUGCAGUCCCGCGCAGGAGUGCAAGGUGUUGGAGGGAGUCCUGGACUGUCACUCCACAGGUAAAGGAGUGUGCCAUGUCGCGGGAGACCCACACUACUACACCUUUGACGGUGUGAUGCACACGUUCAUGGGGACAUGCACCUACACGCUGGUGGAGGUGUGUAAUACCAGCAUGGUGACCCCCUUCAAAAUAGUGGCAAAGAACGAGGAGCGUGGUCAACCAGAAGCCUCCUACGUCCGCUCCGUCAAAGUCUACCUGCCUCGCGACACCGUGGUAGAGCUGAGCAAGGGCCGCAGAGUCCUGUUGAAUGGACGGCGGGUGAGAACGCCUCUCUCCAUCGAUGCCAUUGGAGCCAAAGUGAUCACCAGUGGAGCCUACAGUCUGCUGGACACCAACUUUGGUCUACAGGUCAAGUUUGAUGGAAUUCACCAUCUGGAGAUCACCGUUCCUGGAGAAUACUUUGACAAGCUGUGUGGCAUGUGUGGGAACUACAACCACCUCGCUUCUGAUGACAACCUGAUGCCCAACAAGAAACCGGCCAAGGAUGCGAUUGAACUGGGCAACAGCUGGAUGUCGGAGGGAGACAGUGAUGCGGGAUGUCAGCCCGACACUCGUCCAGACGUCCACCCCAACUGCACCGCGGAUGAGGAGAAGCUGUACGAGGCUCACUGCAGCCACGUCAUCCUCUCUGACCGCUUCAAGCCCUGCCACUCUCUGGUGCCCCCUGAGGCCUUCCUGGGUAAUUGCAUCUACGACAUGUGUGAGUACGACGGCAUGCAGGCGACUCUCUGCGACAACGUGGAGGCAUACGCUCAGGCCUGCCAGAGCGCCGGCGUCACCAUCAGCUGGAGGAACAACACCUUCUGUCCCCUGCCGUGCCCUCCCAACAGCCACUACUCCGACUGCACCGCGCCCUGCCCACCCACGUGCUCCGACCUCUUCCCCAUCUUCUGCCACCUGCCUCCGACCACCUGCAUAGAGGGCUGCCAGUGCAACGCCGGCCACGUCCUUAGUGACAACAACUGUGUCCCCCUGAACAAAUGUGGCUGCCUGAGCUCCGACGGUGAAUACCACGAUGUGGGCGACUCCUGGCUCACAGACAGGUGUGUGGAAUCGUGCACCUGUAACCCUGGCGGUGCCAUCACAUGUGACAAACACAGCUGUGAUCCGAACACUGUGUGCACUCUGGACAAGUAUGGAGACCUCCAGUGCCAACCCACCAAGUUUGACAGGUGCAGCGUCUCCGGGGACCCCCACUACAGGACAUUUGACGGCUUCACCCACCACUUCCAGGGUCCUUACACCUACGUUCUGACUAAAGGCUACAACCUGCAGGGCUCCCAGGCGCCCCUGCAGGUGACGGGGAAGAACAUCCGCCGCGGGGGGAACAGGAGAAUCUCCUUCCUGGAUGAGAUGCACAUCGACGUGUACGGCGUCCGCGUCAGCUUCCUGCAGAAGAUGACCGUCCUGGUGGAUGGAGAGCGUGUGGCACCUCCUCUCAGUGUAGUCCAUGGUUUGACGAUCACCAGGAGCUCCAGGCAGGUCCAGCUCACCACUGACUUCGGGCUCACUGUUCGCUUCAAUGGCAACAGUCAUGGAGAGAUCACCCUUCCCAGCACCUACAGGCACUCCGUCAGGGGACUGUGUGGGAACUACGACGGCCUCUCCAGGAACGAGUACAUGAAACCCGACGGGACGGUGGUCAGGAAUCUGAACGAGUUUGGAGACAGUUGGAGGGUCUUCAACACUCGAGCUGAUGAACCGAUGGUGUACCAGCGUCCGCUCAGUGUCCAUGUCCACAGGCGGGACCUGGAGACGGAUCCAGAUUCAGGCUUUGAGACGUCGGACUGCUCCAGCGCCCAGCUCAACGACUACAACAGCGGCAGAAAGUGUGGAGCGCUGUCAGACCCAGCGGGGCCCUUCGCUGCCUGCCACGCCAUCCUGCCACCCAAAACCUACCAGGACGACUGUGUGUUUGACCUGUGUGCUGAAGAAGGCAGUGAAGAGCUGCGCUGCGGCAGUUAUGAGGCGUACAUUGUAGCCUGCCAGGAAGCCGGCGUGAAAAUAGGAGAGUGGAGGCAGAAGCUGGGCUGUGGCCUCGUCUGUGGUGCCAACAGCACCUACAGCCUCUGCAUGUCACCUUGCCCCUCUUCCUGCGCGGACAUGGCAGCACCCUCCGACUGUGACACCACUUCCUGUGUAGAAGGCUGCCAGUGCGCGCCAGGCUUUGUCAUGAGCGAGGGUAGUUGCGUGCCGUUCACAGAGUGUGGAUGCACCUUCCUCAACAGAUACUACAUGCUCAACGAGAAUUUUGUGACUGAAGACUGUUCUCAGUCCUGUCAAUGUACGGCCACCGGUGCUGCGUGUCAACCCAAGAGCUGCCAGGAAGGCUUCAUCUGCACCAUCUUCGACUUCAGACGGGACUGUUUCAGAGCGAGCCCCUGCCUCAGUUCCCCCUGCCAGAACGGAGGAACCUGCACGGAGGCUAGCAGUGACAGCUACACCUGCCAAUGUCCAGAGGGCUUUGAGGGCUUCAACUGUGAGAUGGAGAAGACCACACCACCCGAAGGCUUAGAAACCAAGUGGAUCAUUUUGAUUGCCGUCUUGGUGUCGGUUGCGGUCACUGCCAUCAUUACCAGCAUCGUGUGUGUUUGCAAAAACAAAGCCAAGAAACAAAAGGGAUGGGAGGCAAAACUCAGCAUGAAAUCAACAGGUGUUCAGUACGCGGGAAUGGAGGAACAAAAUCAAGACAAAGUGACGGCCAUGUGAUGACAAUCUGCCCUGUUGCUGUUCUUCACGCUUGCAUUUUACUACUUUAACUUAUAGUUUUGAAGAUGUCAUUUUGCUUUUGCAGAUGUGAAUGUUUCAUUAAUAGAAUUUGUUGUAUGUAUCUAAUUUAUGAAUAAAGUUCAUCCCCAAAACGAAAAAA